GAGCCGACGCAGCGGCCUCCAUGUGUCCCACACCAACACAAAAAAAUAUCGCUCUUGUGGACCGUCUGAUUCUUUCUUUUUAUUUUUAUAUUUAUUUUGAACGGCAGUAGUUGGGGUCUCCUUUCUCUCUCACACCACCGCCACCAACCCUAUGGCCGCUUCUUCUUCCACCUCUUCCAUCUCUCUCCAAACCCUACGCCGUCAAACCACCCGUUCAAACGUUGUUCCUCCGCCGCCAAAUGUUUCUCGAAGCUUCAGUCAACCGGUACGAAUGCCGGUCUUCCGUUCAGAUGUUAAUUUAUUAAAUAAGAAGGUUUCAUUUACCACGUGUAAUGUUUUGGCCGAGUAUGAGAGCGAAGGAGCUGAUGAUGAAUCCAGCAUGAAUAAUAAUAAAAAUAAUAUCAAGGACGAUGUUUUCGUCACGUUUUUUCGUGAAGCGUGGCCCUACUUCACUGCUCAUCGAGGAAGCACAUUUGUUGUUCUUCUUUCUGCUGAAGUUCUCGAUAGCUCACUUUUGGACCCUAUUUUAAUGGAUAUCUCUCUUCUUCAUGGUCUGGGAAUCAAAUUUGUUCUUGUUCCAGGGACACAUGUACAGAUUGAUAAGCUUUUAGCUGAAAAGGGACGUGAACCGAAAUACGUUGGAAGAUACAGAAUCACAGACCCUGAUUCGCUCAAGGCCGCGAUGGAUUCAGCUGGAAGAAUCCGUUUGAUGAUCGAGGCAAAGCUGUCACCAGGGCCGUCUUUAUGCGGCAUCCGUAGACACGGAGAGAACAGGCGGUUGCAUUCCAAUGUCAGUGUUGCAAGUGGUAAUUUUCUUGCUGCCAAGAAAAGAGGAGUUGUCGAAGGCAUUGAUUACGAAGCGACCGGUGAAGUUAAGAAAGUGGAUGUUCUGCGCAUACGUGAGCGGCUGGAUAACGAUUCUAUUGUGAUUUUAAGCAACCUUGGAUAUUCUAGCUCUGGAGGUGUACUGAAUUGCAACACGUAUGAAGUUGCUACUGCUUGUGCGUUGGCGCUUGGAGCAGAGAAACUUAUCUGCAUUAUCGAUGGGCCAAUUUUGGAUGAAUGGGGCCGGUUAAUCAGAUUUUUGACACUUGAAGAUGCUGACAUGUUAAUACGUAGGCGAGCCAAGCAAAGCGAGAUUGCAGCUAAUUACGUAAAAGCCAUUGGCGAGGAGGAAACUAGUUCCAUUCUUCCAAAGAUCGGAAUGACGUCUAGUGAUAGGUAUACGGCAACAUUUCAAAACGGUGUUGGUUUUGAUAAUGGAAACGGGCUGUGGUCGAGUGAACAAGGGUUUGCCAUUGGAGGACAAGAAAGGUUGAGUAGGUCGAACGGGUAUUUAUCAGAGUUAGCUGCUGCCGCUUUUGUCUGCAGGGGAGGUGUCCAGAGAGUUCAUCUGUUAGACGGGAAUGUAGCGGGAGUGCUAUUGAAGGAACUGUUUCAAAGAGAUGGAGUAGGGACUAUGGUCGCUAGCGAUCUAUAUGAAGGUACAAGGAUGGCAAAGAUGGAUGACCUUCCUGGAAUAAGACAAAUUUUUAAACCGUUAGAAGAUUCUGGAACUUUGGUCAGGCGAACAGAUGAGGAGCUACUUAAUGCAUUGGAUUCUUUCAUUGUUGUGGAGAGAGAAGGGCAAGUUAUAGCUUGUGCUGCUUUAUUUCCGUUCUAUGAAUAUAAAUGCGGGGAGGUUGCGGCUAUUGCUGUUUCUCCUGAUUGUCGAGGACAAGGACAAGGAGACAAAUUACUCGAUUAUAUCGAGAAAAAAGCAUCUUCUAUAGGACUGCAAAGCCUUUUUUUGCUGACAACUCGCACAGCAGACUGGUUUGUAAGGCGUGGGUUUACAGAGUGCUCGAUUGAAGACAUACCAGUGGAAAGGAGAAAAAGGAUAAACCUGUCCCGUGGAUCUAAGUAUUAUAUGAAGCAACUGCUACCAGACACGAGUGGUAUUCGUGUUAACAGCAUGUUUGCUUAAGACCAUCAGAGUGUAGCGUAUGGGUUUAAAUGGUGGGAGAUAUUUUCGUUUGUUAGAGAAUAUUUGUAUGUGUUAAUCUGGAGUCAUGUCUCUUAGCCUCAAAACCAAACUGGAUAUCUUGAAUAAGCCUUAAAGGAAGGAAGCUUUGGGGGGCAAAUGUAGUGUUAAUCUUGGGGCUAUGUUGUUUGGUAUAUCCAAUCUGAAUGUAUAUUUGAGGCACGUGUUUAAUAAACAAUCCCAACUUUGGUAUUUUAAAGUCAUGCCAAAUGCAUUGUUCUUGUUCUUGAA